CGAUAUUAUUAAGUUCGAAGUUAAAUUCGAAGUUGAAUAUUUUUGUUUUCGGUCAACAUUAACCAAUAAUUCUAAUUAAUGUUCUCUUCUAUCCAUUGAAUGAACCCUCUAUAAACAAUUUCUCAUAAUAUAAAGGAUAUAAAUUUUACGUUCACCUUGUAUUAGAAGUUUCAAGUUAUUGUCAUUUAGUUCAAAUUGUGUAAUCAAAUAUAUUUAGUAAACAUUAUUUAACUACUUAUUAGUAGUUUAAAAUGUAUCGCUAAAAAGAAACACACACUAUCAAUUAUGUUACCUAAUUCAUUAGAUCAAUUAUCGGAAAGAACUCAAAUUCAUGGAACAAAUACUAUUACUAAUGAUAAUAAUGAUAAUAAUCAUAAUAAUAAUAACAAUAAUAAUACAAAUCAAUUCAAUGAUUUUCGUCUAGGCAUUACACAAUUAUUAAAUCAUAGUACAAUACAUGGUUUAUCGCAUCUAUCCAAAGCAACUAAUCAUAUAAAUCGUUUCAUCUGGUUCAUAUUAUGGUUAAUUGGUAUGAUUGGAUUUUUAAUUAAUUUAUCAUAUAUUAUUGAACAUUAUUUAUCAUAUCCAAUAUUAACUAGUUAUAUUAAUGAUUAUGAAGCAUUUCAAUGGCCUGAUAUUAUAUUAUGUAAUGCAAUGGCACCAUAUAAUGUCUAUGAUAAACAAUAUAAUAUAUUAUGGAAUAAAUAUAUGAAUUUAGCAAGGAAUCUAUCAUUGCAUAUACCAAAUGAUUUAUUUCUAAAUAUAGAUGAUAUAGAUACAAACGAGAUUAUAAUACAAUCAUUAAUACAUUCAACAAUAUCUUAUUGGGAAUUCAAUAUUGGCAAUAUUGAUAAUAUGUUUCAAUUUAUUGCAAUGGACAAUGGUUAUCAAGGUAUACGUUUAUCCGUUGGAUUAGAUGAUAAUUUAGUCAUGUUACCAAUACCAUUAAAUCAAUAUUUUUAUACACAAAUAUUACAAAAACGUUAUAAUGUACCAUGUUUUAAUUUUCAAAUUUCACGUCAUUUAAAUAAAACCAAUUAUCAUCAUAUAGAAAAACUUGCUUUUGGUAUUAAAUUUAAUUAUCAAAGUUAUUUAAUUAUUAAUUCAUCUUAUACAUCACAUAUGAUUGAUUUAUAUAUCACAUUACCAAAUCAUUUCCCUAAUAUGAAUUCCAUUGAAUUAAUACCUGGUUAUAUAAAUCAUAUUAAAUUAGAAAUGUUACGUAUAAAACGUAUCAAACACCACUAUUACCACCACCAUCGUCAUCAUCAUCACGAGCACCAUCACGAACAUCAACACCAACAUCAAUCAUUAUGUAAUGAGAACAAAUUUUCAACAAUCAUCUAUGAUGGUGAUUUAAUUAAUAAACGUUUAAUCUAUGGUUCCAAUGAAUUAUGCCAUCGUAUAUUAUCACAAUAUUUAUAUUUAAAUGAAUGUCAUUGUUAUAGUCCUUUCUUACCUUAUGGUUACUAUGGUAACAUACCCAUCAUUAAUAAUCAUAAUAAAACAAUGGAAUAUCAUCAUCCAGCUUUAUGUUUAAAUAUGUCAUUAUAUAAUAAGAAUCAAUUAAUUGAUAAUGUGAAUUGUAUGUAUCGUGUCUAUCAAAAAUACAAUAAUCUUAGUUUAUAUAUGAAUUUAAUUGAAGCGAAACAAUGUGAUCUGUUACAUCAUUUACCAUAUUGUGACCAUGUUUAUUAUCAAAAUUUUGGUAUACAUCGUAUUAUUAUGAAUGAAUUAUGGAGUAAUACAUAUAAUGAUGCAAGAGCCACAUUUUUAAUUCGUACAUUUCGUGAUGUAUUUAUUAACAAUACUACUACUACUUAUAAUAAUACUACUGAUAAUACUACUUAUAAUAAUGAGAAAUUAACAACUCAACAAAUUUUAUUAGAAAUGCGUAAUAAUUUUGGUUUAUUAAUUAUAGAACGUAAUAGACCACAAGGUAAAUUAGUACGUGAAGAACAAGAAUAUUCAUUAGCACAAUUAUUAUCGGAUAUUGGUGGUAAUAUGGGUCUAUGGAUUGGGAUCUCUGUUAUUGGUUUAUUUGAAUUUAUUGAAUUAAUUAGUUUUAUAUUAUAUACAUUAUGUAAUUAUAUCAUUCAUUUAUGUAGAAAAAAUUGAGAAG